AUGAAGAUAUUGUUUUCAAUCACGAAGAAUUCCUUGGCAACAGCUGAAGUUCUUCUUGCAAAUACUUAUGCAUCGUCUGUAGUUGAUGGAAAAGUUAUAUUGAAGAACGAAAUUGAUAGUUGCGAAUCGAAUCCAUCACUUCCACAAAAAUGGUCAAUGCUCAUUAUAAAGAAAAGGAAGAGAAAAGAAAAAGAUGAAGAAACAAAUAUCUUUGAAUCAAAAACUGCAAAGCAUUUUCCAAUGACUACAACAUCAGAUCAACAAUCAGAAAUGACUGAUGAAAAUCUUGCUAUCACAUCCGAUGAACAACUUUCGCAGAUAAUCGACUCAAUUAAUCUUUCAUCUGCCUGUGAAGAUUCAGCAAAUGGUGAUUCACAAGUUCAAUCAUCGACGGCAGCUACUCGAACAUCAGGGCAAACAGCUAUUGGUGCUAAGCUCGUUAAAAAACUUGAAACACUAGCUGCAACUUCAAAAGAAAACAGCGAUAAAAGCUCAUCAACAGCAGCAACGGCCAACGAUGCAUCUUCAUUCGUAAUGAAUGAUCCCGAAUCACGUCGAAAUAUCACUAAACUUGCCAAAAGCAUUAUGAAAGGUUUAACAGAUUCAGAUACAGAAAAAAAUCUCUUGACAUUGGCAACAAAAGUCGCUGAAUUACAGGAGCAACAACGAAUGUUAUUGGCAAAAAGUAGUGAACUAGAAAAACGUACUACAACGUACACACGUGAACGUGAUCAUAUUUCACUUGAAAACAGUCGAAUAAUAGCUGCAAAAACGAAAUUAGAAAGUCUCUGUCAUGAACUCCAUAAGCAUAAUCAACAAAUACGCGAAGAAAGCGCACAACAGCAACGUGAAGAUGAAGCGAAACGUCGCGAGUUAGCAACAAAAUUCCAAACAACAAUUGAUGAAAUUGCUGCUCAACUCAAUGAUUAUAGCGAAAAAUCGACCGCAUUACGUGAACAAAAUACUCAGUUAUCUGAACAACUACCCAAUGUUGUGAAAAACUACGAAUUACGCCAAAAGGAACUGGAAACUGCACUGAAGAAACGAGAGUUAGAAUUACGUUUAACCGAAGCAACGUUAGAACAAAGUAAUACUUUAUUGAACGAACGAAACGAAUUAGUCAAACAAGAAAAACAAGUGAGCGAGGCGGAACGGUUAUUGCUAAAUAAGAAAUGCGAAGAAUUGGCAGAAUCGGAAAAAACAUUACGUGUUCAAGUUCAAGAAUAUUCUGAUCGAUAUAAAGAAUUUCAAGGUGCGAUUCAAUCAAGUAGCCAAAAAGUUAGCUCAUGUCAUGGCGAAAUUGAGAAAAUGGGAAAGAAAAUCAAGAAAUUAGAGAAAGAACGAGGCGAUUUUCAACGCCGAUGGGAAAUUUCUGAACAAAAUCAGAAAAAAGCAUCCGAAGAUUAUCACCUUUUGGAAAAGGAAAAACGACAAAUCGAUACAAAACUUGAAAAAUUCGAUAAACUAAGUCGAGCUUUACAACAAGAACGAACUGAGCUACAAACAACAAUUAAAAAUCUAUCCAAAUCAUCAAAUGACAAUGAUCAGUCGACUGCCGUUGCCGAUUCAUCAGAAAAGGUUUCAAAUGGACAUCAUGAAUCACAAAAUGAUUCAAUGAAACCUAUAAGUACAGUUACAGAUGAAAAUACUUCGAAUGCUGAGCCAGCCAAUCUCUACGAUAGUGAAUUAGGUCGUAUUGCGAACACAGUUGAUUGA